AUGUCUGAAUUGCGACAGUUGUUGAAGGACGCGAAACUGGAACUCUCCCGCGGCGACUAUGAGGAGGCAAUCGCACUUUCAAAGGCAGUCUUGGAGAUAGACAAGGACAAUUACUUUGCAUUUGUGUUUCUCGGGAAGGCGUAUUCAUCAAUUGAGGGGAAGGGCCGUGAAUCUGUGGAGAGCUACACUAGGGCAACACAGAUCGAUGCUGCGAAUUUACUCGCGUGGAAGGGCUUUUUUCUGACUUUGGAGGAACACUCAAAACGUUUAUUCCCUGGAAUGCUCACUUGUUCCAAGUUCUUCGGACUGUGUGUCCAGUACAUGAAACUGCUGAUAGAACAAGAACAAUCGCAGGUACAACUGAUAAACUUUGUGAAGAUCGUCAAGUCACACUAUGCGGAUGACAUCAACUUCAUUCUGCCCUUCUUAGAAUAUUUUUUGCCUGGAACGGAACCGUUUGAAAUCCUGGGAAGACACUUGCUCUUACCGAAGGAAUCGCUGGCUCAGUUGAUCAGGCUCACAUCGUUGAGAGAAUCGCAAGAGAUUUCAAGAGUGACCACGGAACACCGACUCAAGCUGAGCACUCAGGAUCCUCUUUACCAAUCAAAAAUCAACUCUUUCGCCUGGGAGAUCUACCAGAACUCCAAACUUGAUAAAUACUACAAUCAGUUGAUCAAUGUUGUGAACGACGACCAGGAACGUGCCUCAUUGGAAACCCAGUGGUUGGAAUACCGACUCAAACUGUUGAAGUCAAUGCCCGCAGAGAAGAAGCAAGAGUUUUUCCCUCGUGUGAAGGAUAUGGUCGACGGGAUGGUUGUUGUGAAGCACGACUCUUUAAUGGCUUGGAAACUGUAUUUUGACUGGGAAGACUUUGUAGAUCUGAACUCACUGGAUGCUAAUCUAGUUUGGGAGUUCUUCCAGAAAUUUCCAAAGGAACCACUAGCUAUGAUCUUGUAUUUAUGGUUAAACUCUAACCUGUCAUGUUACGAUACAAGUAAGCUAUCAGAAAAUAAUAAACAGAAUUCCAGCCCCGCUAAGGAAGCAGAUAAGGGACAAGAUCAAACAGAGGUCGAAGCUUUACAGGAAGAGGACGACCAACAAGAGGAAGAGCUGGGGGAGAUGCUCAACGCACAGGAAAAUGAAACAUCAGAUGUGUUUUCAGAAGAAGCAAUCCUUGUCGCACUUAUGGAUAACAUAUCCAAGGUGAAAAACAGCACCCUAGCUUAUCGUAUUGUCUCACAAUACUACAUUUUGAAUAAAGAAUACGAAAUGUCCCUCCCCUAUAUCAAGUCAGGUAUCUCCUUAGUCUCUGUCAACGUACGGGAUCUCGGUGCUAACUUAAUAAAUACAAAGAGAGAGUUGACAAUCGCUCUCGCAACAGGAUACACGUAUGUGGACGCUCCAAAGAAUCAUAAAUUUGCCCUCUCAUUGUUUGAUAAGAUACUCGAGUCGGACCCAGAAAACAUCCAGGUGAAAUUGGGGAAGGCCAUCAUCUCAAUAGAAAGUGCAGAUUGGGAAGAUGCUGGAAAGUUGUUGACAGAUGUGAUUGCAGAAUCCCCAGACAAUCUUGAAGUGCAGUCACAACUGGCUUGGUGCAAAGCGCAUUUAAAUGCGUUUGAUAAUGCAAUCCUGAUGCUGCAGAAUGUCAUCAAAAACAUAGAGGGAACUGACCAAAGAACUAUGCAAUUCAGAUGCGAGAAUAUGUGGCGUGAGGCGAAAGUCCACAUAAUGAAGCACAGAUUCGGCGACCAAGGGGAAAACAUGGACUUGAUCAACACGGCAUUCAAGAUCUUGAUCAGUAUUAUCAAGCUUGAUUCGGAAACGUUUGCCAAAAGUUACUCAACGUUAGGUGACAUUUACGCAUAUUAUUACCGCGACGAUGUUAGGGCAUACAAAUGCUACUAUAAAUCGUUUGAAAUGGACUUUACUGAUAUUCGGGCUGCCAAAUACAUUUGCGAGAUAUACACAGCUGCAGGAAACUGGAAUGCGGCAGCGCAGAUAUGUGAACGAUUGGUGAAAACCGAAGCGAUCAAGAUGGAAUUGCGUAGUACAAACUGGCCUUACAGGGUUAUCGGAAUAGCAUAUUUAGAAAGGCAACAGGAGAGUGAGUCAGUUGAAUGGUUUCACUCUGCCCUGCGUGUAGAUCCGAACGAUGUGGAAUCAUGGGUCGCAUUGGGGCAAGCAUAUUUUGCGUGCGGUCGUGUAGAGGCUUCAACCAAGGUUUUUGAAAAAGCUAUCGAAAUCGACCCUUUGCAUUUGUACGCUCAGUACUUCAACUCUUUAUCAUUGGCAGAAAUGGGUUGUUUUGAGGAAUGCAUCGAGAUAUUGAAAAAUAUCACACAGUUGAAUCCAGAAGAAUUGGCUUUCCAGGUAUCGUACUCCUCAAUUUUGGUGUCUUACGCUUUUGAUUUGUAUCAACAAGGCUUCUUAAUGAAGGGUACUGCUAGCGCAAUUCAAGCGAUUGAACUCCUCAGACAUAUUUCUGUGGACUUUAGACACAGUGGUCAGGAUAUAUGGCUCUCUCUUUCCAAAGCUAUUUAUCUUUUCAUUUUGGUUGAAUCACAAAUAGAGACGCUUCCUCUAGAAUCCAUCCUUGAGAUAUUCGGUUCCGUCGAAAGUUCAAAAAUUACAGACGUUGAUUCGAUCGAUGGCAUUUUAUAUGAUAACAUCCUACAAGAUUCAUCGAGUGAUAAUAUCGCUAUCGCGUGCAAGUUUUUGGUUUUGGCCUCUAAAUUUGCUCUCGUUACUGUGGAUAUAGAGAGCGUGUCGGCUACAGUUCGCUCGUCCAUUUGGUGCAACAUUGGCCUAUCUGAACUUGCAGCAUAUAUGUCGUUGAAGGAGGAUGGAUUGAGAGAUGCUGCAAUUUAUUCAUUCAAAAAGUGUAUCAAAUAUCAAACGAACACAUUCCAAGCGUGGGUUGGCCUGGGUAUUGCCACUAUGGAUGUUAAUUUUAGGGUUUCCCAGCACUGUCUCAUCAAAGCAGCGUCAUUUGCUCCGAAAGAUAUCAGAACCUGGUUUAACCUAGCGAUUUUGGGGCUAAAGAAAAAUGAUAUUGACUUUGCUCAUGAAGUGUUGACCAGGACCCAAAGUUUAUCUCCUGAAAGUACGGAUCCCUGGUUAGGUAUUGGGUUGAUAAUGGAACAGAUCGGUAAGCGGACAGAGAGCCACAAUGUGAUUGCUCACGCCUACAGUUUAUCGAAGGGUCAGUCUAAAAACGUUCAAUACUUCUAUGCAAAUAGUGUUGUUCAGAGACGGGUGGGGUCAGGAAAUGAUGAAGGGGACAUUGAUGCCAUGGAGGAGUUGAAUGCAACUGCCCUUGGUCUUGAGCAAUAUUUCAAAAAGAAACCAAAUCACGCGCAGGCCAUUGACCUUGCGAUAAUGAUACUGGAGAGGCUUCAAAAUUACAAAGUCGCAGACACUUUUGCAGCAAAGCUGACAGGCAUAUUCGAACAAAAGUUUGAAGAAUCUCAGGACGAAGAUGAUAUUGUUAACUAUGCCAUCAUCAAAGCUCAGUUGGCGAGAAUCCAACUGGGUUUGGGGGAGUAUAAUAAAGCCAUUGAAAGCGCAAAUUUGUCUGACGGUAUUAUUGGAGAUUCUACGGCAGAGAAUUGCAAGUCCUCACAAUUGUCUAACGCAGUAUGCCUAGGCCUGGCCAAUUUCUUUCUGGGUAAUUUUGACGAAACAUUAACUCACUUCCAAAAUCUAUUGAACCGAGAUAAAAAAUCGAGUAGUCUAGUCAUCCUUUUGUCUAAAGUACUAUAUGAGUUGGGUACAGAGGAUACCAAAUCUGUAGCGCUGCAAGAGUUGACGGAGUAUAUCAAUGAAUAUGGAUUUGACUUAACUGUGACUCUGGCAAUUGCUGCUAUAACAGUAGUGGAGAAUGUUCCAGAGAAUAUGAAGGUGAUUUUAGAAGAACUAAGGUUAAUUUCACUGAAGGACAUUUUACAAGAUAAGCAAAGAAAUGUUCCACAUCUAAUCAAACUACUCAGCGAAAAAUUGAAUAUUGAUGGGGAUGGUCUUGAAACCAAAGUUGUUUCACAAAGAAUGGCAUAUUUCUUUCCUAACAGCGGGAAGUCAUGGGAAGGGAUUGACGCGAACAUUCAACAACGUGUGAUUAGUGGGGGACAGAACCGAGUUACUGCAGAAACUUUGAGUAUGGCCCAGUACUCACUAGGAAACCUAAGGAGUAUACAACGGAGUGUCUUUUUAUGUCCAUGGAAUAGGACAGCCUUGGCAUCAUUAAGAGAAUGCUUUUAA